GACUUUUCCCCCAUAUUCUUUCUUUUCUUGUUUUUCUUGAAUGUUUCAAACUUUCUUUUCUAUAGAGCCCAUCUCUCUCUCUCUCUCUCUUUCUCUUUAUGGUGAUGAUGGGAGAUUCAUAUGAUGAAGAGUGUGAUUAUCUGUUUAAAGCAGUUCUAACUGGGGAUUCAGCUGUUGGAAAAUCAAAUCUUCUAUCAAGAUUUUCAAGAGAUGAGUUCAAAUUAGAUUCAAAACCAACUAUUGGAGUUGAGUUUGCUUACAGAAAUAUAAGAGUUGGUGAUAAGCUCAUCAAAGCUCAAAUAUGGGACACUGCUGGCCAAGAAAGGUUUAGAGCUAUAACAAGUUCGUAUUACAGAGGAGCAUUAGGCGCAUUGUUAGUAUAUGACAUAACACGCAGAGCAACGUUUGAUAAUGUGAAGAAAUGGCUAAAAGAGCUAAGAGAAUUCAGCAAAUCUGACAUGGUGGUUGUUCUUGUUGGAAAUAAAUCUGAUUUGGAUAAUUCCAGACAAGUUGGUGAAGAAGAAGGCAAGAAUCUUGCAGAGGCUGAAGGUUUAUGUUUCAUGGAAACAUCAGCUUUGGAGAAUAUCAAUGUUGAAGAAGCAUUUUUGGAAAUGAUUACUAAAAUCCAUGAAAUUAUGAGUCAAAAAGCUAAAAUCAAUGAUAAUAGUAAUACUACUAUUACUAUGACCAUUCCAGUUGGAAAAGAAAUACUUACUAUUGAUGAAGUAUCUGCUACUAAACAAUCAACUUGUUGUUCAUACUAAAUUGUCUUAAUUAUACAUUAUAUUAUAUAUGAUGACAAAAGUUUUGGAAUAUUUUUCUCAAA